AUGCGAGACUCGUACAUGUCGUACGCGAUGUCGGUCAUCAUGUCGCGCGCGCUGCCGGACCUGCGCGACGGCCUCAAGCCCGUCCACCGCCGCAUCCUCUACGCGAUGAGCGAGCUGAACCUCUCUCCGGAGGGCUCGCACCGCAAGUGCGCAAAGGUCGUCGGCGAGGUGCUGGGCAAGUUCCACCCGCACGGCGACCAGUCCGUGUACGACGCACUGGUGCGGAUGGCGCAGCCCUUUUCCCUCCGCGCGCCGCUCGUCGACGGCCACGGCAACUUUGGAUCCAACGACCCGGAUCCUCCGGCGGCGAUGCGGUACACCGAGUGCAAGCUGCAACGCCUCGCGCGGGACUCGCUGCUGACCGACGUCGCUCUGGACACGGUCGAUUUCACCGACAACUUUGACGCGUCGGAGCGAGAGCCGAUGGUCCUCCCCGCUCGGCUGCCGAUGCUCCUUCUCAACGGCGCGUCCGGGAUCGCCGCCACCAAUAUCCCCCCGCACAACUUGGGCGAGCUGGUCGACGCACUGCAGGCGCUGAUCUCAGACCGCGACGUGUCCGACGCAGAGCUGCUGCGCCGCCUGCCCGGCCCCGACUUCCCGACGGGAGGGAUCAUCAUGGGCAACGCCGGCGCGCGGGACAUGUACACGACGGGCAGAGGCUCCGUGGUGCUGCGCUCGACGACGUCCAUCGAGGCUCUCCCUGCGGCACGCGGGCAAGGCUCUCGGCAGGCGAUCAUCGUGACUGAGCUGCCCUAUGGCACCGCCAAGAACCCGCUGCUGGAGAAGGUCGCCGCGCUCGUCAACGCCAAGACCCUCGUCGGCAUCUCCGACAUCCGAGACGAGUCGUCGCUGGCUGGCACCCGCGUCGUGUUUGAGCUGCGGAGGGACGCCGACCCGCUCGUCGUCCUCAACCAGCUCUUCAAGAAGACGGAGCUGCAGAAGAACUUCCCGGCAAACUGGAUGGCCGUCGAGGGUCCGGGCAAGAUGCCCGCCCGCCUCACCCUCCGCUCCGCCCUCUCCUCCUUCCUCGACUUCCGCGUCGAGUGCGUGCGGCGCCGCACGGCGCACUUGCUGGCGAAGGCGGAGGCGAGGCUCCACUUGGUGGACGGCCUACUUCUGGCCACGCAGCAGAUCGAUGCCGUGAUCGAGGCCAUCCGUGGCGCACCCUCUGUCGGCGACGCUCGCGAGCUGCUCACGUCUUCGCGGUUCGGCCUCUCGCCGGAGCAAGCCGAGGCGAUCUUGUCGCUGCAGUUGCGCCGCCUCACCGCCCUCGAGCAGUCAAAGCUCGAUGAUGAGAGGGCAGACUUGCGUGCCGAGGUUGCACGGCUGUCGACGCUGCUGUCGGAGCGGUCAAAUGUCGAGGCGGCAAUCUCGGCGGAGCUGGAGGAGCUGAGGGAAGCACACGCGACGCCGCGCCGCUCUGCGAUCGAGGUGGAGUACGAGGAGCUGUCUGACCUCGACCUCACACCAAACGAGGGGUGCGUCAUCGUGCAGUCGGCGCGCGGCUUCGUCAAGCGCAUGCCCCUCGACGAGUUUGAGGCGCAGGGCCGAGGCACGCGAGGCAAGGCGGGCAUGGCCAACCUGGGAGACGGCGACGCGGUGCUGCGCAUCUUCUCCUGCGCGACGCACGACACGGUCCUCUUCAUCUCGGAGCGCGGCAUCGCCUACGCACUCGAGGCGUUUCGCGUCCCCGUCGCGUCACGAACAGCCCGCGGCGUGCUGCUGCAGUCGCUGCUCCCGAUCGCCGCCGACGAGUCGAUCGCGCAGCUGCUGCCGGUGUCCGAGUUCAGCGAGAACGAGUCGCUGGUGCUGCUCACGCGGCACGGCUGGAUUAAGCGCACGCCGCUGCUUGCCUUCGAACGGAUCACCGCGCGAGGGCUCAUCGCUGCGUCGCUCGGCGAGGGGGACUGCCUCACGCACGCCGCCGUGUGCACCGAAGCCGACACCGUCAUCAUCGCAUCGCGGCUCGGCCAGGCGCUGCGCUUCAACACGGACGCCAAGCAGCUGCGCGCCUCCGGACGCGCCUCGAGAGGCGUCAAGUCGAUGCGGCUGCGCGACGGCGACGAGAUCGCCGACAUGGACGUGGUGCGCGUGGGGGACCGCCCUGCGGACGCCAUCGUGCGCGGCGGCGAGGCGGGCGGCGAGCGAGGCGGGGAGAUGCUGCUCGCGGUGACGAGGGGAGGGUAUGGCAAGCGGGUGCGGGUGGACGCGUUCCAGCCUAAGGGGCGCGGCGGGCAGGGGAUGAUCUCCAUCAAGUUCAAGAACCGCGACGACCGGCUCGUCGGCCUCUCGCAGGCGCGCGAGGAGGACCAGCUGCUUCUCAUCACGAAGAAGGGCGUGACGGUGCGGCAGGCCGUCGCCGCCAUCUCGGAGCAGGGGCGCGCCGCCACCGGCGUCCAGCUGCAGCGGCUCGACGCGGACGACUACGUCGCCUCCGCCGCCAUCGUGCCCCCCGUCGAGCAGGACGACGCGGCGUGAGAGGCUCCACGCGGGAGCGUAUUGCGUAUUUUGGAGGAACGCCCUCUCUUCGAAGCUUGAGCGAUCGACUUACUCGUACACUUUUGUCGACACCCAUUUGUGCACAAAUCAGACACCACACCUGGCUACUUUAAGCGCGAUGUCUCUUUUUGUCCAAUCGUGGUCAGUACUGUUAUGUAUAUGCACUCUGCCCCCUAUGCAUUCGCAUCGUGAUAUGCAUCCUUACCGAUCCAUAACCUUAGCGCCUAUACAUU